AGAAAAAUUAAAAACGCAUUAUUUGACGUUUGUAGAUCUAGCUUGAACGCACCCAUCAAUGAAGUAAACAUUCAACAUGGAUGGUUUCCGAUUAUUCUCAUCCGUAUUUUAGGUCAAAUAAUUGUUUAGGAUGUGUAAGUGAAGUUUAGGAAAGUUGUUAUUAUUUAGUGAAAAUGUCUUCGGAAAGGGUGGAAUGGGUGGAGAUUAUCGAGCCGAAGACAAAGGAGCAUAUGUAUGCUAACCUAACAACUGGAGAAUGCGUCUGGGAUCCACCUGAGGGUGUAAAAGUUAAGCGCACAGACUCAUCACAAUGGUGGGAACUAUUUGACAUCAACACACAUAGGUUUUAUUAUUACAAUGCAUCAACACAGACAACUGUGUGGCAUAGGCCCACUGACUGUGACAUCAUACCACUGGCUAAACUACAGACACUGAAACAGAACACAGACCCACAGAAAAGAAGGGAAACAUCCACACAGACUAAUCAAGCGGCACCACAGGUACCUUCCUUAAUAGACCCAGUUAGUAGCAACGGCAACAGUACAAUCGCGAGUGCAAGCAAGUUGUCACCUAGCAAUGCAAAAACUGUCACUCUCACGCAAACAAGUCCCGUGAGAACAAGAAGGUCGCAUUACCAUCACAGGAAUAGUGGUGAGAGUAGGCGCGGUAGAUUGAGUGAAGAUGGCACCACGCAACUGUGUCGACAUACGGACUCCGGACGGUCUUCGGACAGCAGCAUCAGCAGUGCACAGCAAAGGCGGAAACAGGAACUCAGUGCAGUUGUUUGUAAUCCCCCUGUGUGUACACCUCAACUUAGAAAAAGAAGUAGUGCAGCCCAAGCUCAUGAGAGUGAGAAGUGGUCUCCACAUGCAGGUCUUAAUCGCAGCGGCAGCUUCAUAUCGCCUAGGAAGGACGCGUCCGAUGAUUCUAUGCACGAAAAGUAUUUCAAAUCAGUUGAGAGUACCCCGCUUACAAGAAGAAAGUUAAAACAGCAAUCUGCCGGCGGAUCGUCCUGUGAUUCGGCCUCGCCACAGAGUCCAAGCAGUCCUCUACAGAAACCGCAACCAACACCAUUCCUACAGACGACAGCGGCUCGUCCUUCAUUAGUGUCUUCCAUAUCCCUGGCCACGGACGCGGCGGCGGGCGUGGGCUCGCGCGUCAUGCACAGCCUGGAGCGGCCGCACCAGCUGUCCCGACAUGCCAGGGAACGGUAUUCUGACAGGCAUUUAGACAAAGAUAGGUUAGCUGAACUGGAGCGUAUGGACAGGUACCCCGAGAAACAAGCCGUGUAUAGCGUCGAUAAGCCAUUCCGUCAAACCAGUCUUGAUCUACGUCACAAUGCUGCUACCUCUAAUUGGCACCCAGCGAGGGACUUUACCAGACGUCAACAAGCGGAACCCGAGCGCUACUGCUCCAGCAAGACGUCGGUGUCGUCCGGCAGCAGCAAGCAUCGCACCCCGCCACACGAGACACAUCACAACUUCAUGAGGCUCUCCUCCGCCAAUGAACAGGAUAAUAUUGCUGCUGUCAACUACAAACUGAAAUGCGUCAAUCUGGUUGAGCCACCGCUUACGGAGCCAAAUGUGCAGAAACAUAAUCAGAGACUUGAAAGAUCGACUGCGCCCAGAGACCGAACCAAAUCGAGACGGCACAAGAGGCCAGUCGAGUUGGAGGAUGGUCCCGUGGACGGCGAGGAGGAGGAAGACGAGGGCGGCAGCUCGCCGCUGUACUGCAACUGGGACCUGCGCGGCAUGCAGCAUCUGUUGCCGCUGCAGGACUACAUCAUACAGCAGGCUAAGUUGUCCAGUCGCACUCGCUAUGGCGGCGGUUCCGGCUCAGACGGCGAAUCCGGUUCGUCACGUUCCCAAUCCCGGUCCGGUUCCGAGUCUCGCUCGCUAUCCGGCCACGAACCGGACAACGAGUCUUCGGACGGCGGAGCUCGGACUCCGGACGACGAUGACGGCUCCGGCGUGUAUUUACCGCACUCGUACGCACACACGCAUAGACCCGUCGACGUCGAGUAUAUGAAUCAUGGAGUCUCUUAUUACAAUACGUUCGUUGGAUUUGACCGGGAUCGACAGCCUUCGCCGGGGAUACAUAGAACGUCGUCCCUGGGCGGCGGGGGCGCGGGCGCGGGCGCGGGCGGCGGGGGCGCGGGGGGCGCGGACGAGGGCGCGGCCGCGCUCUACAGCCCCGUGCGGACACACGCGCCAAGACCGCCCGUCGAGCAGGACAUCGAGAUCUUCGCCAAGGAUAACCUUAACUUCAAUAAAGGCAUCUUCAGGAGAAAGGCUUCAGUUCGCGAUCUACUUUCAUGGACAUCCUCAUCGAUCAGCGCACCCAUGGUGGGCGCCGACUGGGACAAGGCACACAAGAAGGCGGCCAUCGACCUGUUCAGACUCGUGCAGAUAUACAUGGGCGACAGGAAAGCGCGGCCCGGCAUGACGCUCAACUCCGUCGCGCAAGACAUACUACAUGCUACCUUCACUAAUGAAAAACUGCGCGACGAGCUGUACGUGCAGCUGUGCCGGCAGACCACGGAGAACCCGCUGCGGGACUCGCUGCUGCGCGGCUGGGAGCUGCUGGCCGUGUGUCUGGCCUUCGUGCCGCCCUCCACCGCCUUCCAGCCCGCGCUCACCAACUACGUCAACAGGCACAGGGACCCCGCCUUCGCGGAUGCCUUCCCAGAGGUUGGCAAAUGGCCUAUCCACGUGCAGGUGUCGCACUAUGCAGGCGUUGCGUGCAAGCGGCUAGAACGAAUCGGCUUCGGAGGCAAGAGACAACCAAGAAAACCUACCACAGAUGACAUUGAUCAGGCUAGAAUACAAAUCUUCCGGCAAUCGAUGUUCGGCAACACGCUAUCAGAGGUGAUGAUACUACAGAAGGAGCGGUUCCCGAACCGCCAGCUGCCGUGGGUGCAGGUCGCCUUGUCUCAGCAGGUACUGGCGCUGAACGGACGGGAGACAGAGGGCAUAUUCCGUGUGUCUGCUGACGUAGACGAGGUCAAUGCACUGAAGACGAAGAUCGAUAACUGGGAAUUGCCUGAUGCUUCCACUUUAACUGACGCGCACGCGCCGGCCAGCCUGCUGAAGCUGUGGUACCGCGAGCUGUACGAGCCGCUGAUCCCGGACGCGCUGUACGCGGCCUGCGUGGCGGCCGGCAGCGACGCCGCCGCCGCGCAGCGCGCGCUGCUGCGCCUGCCGCCGCUCAACAGGCUGGUACUCACAUAUCUGAUAAGCUUCCUGCAACAAUUCACCGCGCCUGAAGUGGUAAGUCAAACAAAAAUGGACUCGGCGAACCUCGCGAUGGUGUUCGCGCCCAACUGCCUGCGCUGCACGUCGCAGGACCCGCGCGUCAUCCUGGAGAACGCGCGCAAGGAGAUGACCUUCCUCAAGACCCUCAUCACCAACCUCGACACGUCGCACGUCCAGGACCUUCUGUGACCGAUGAAUCUCAGCUACUGCAACAACAACGUCGGCGGCGAGAGCCUCACCGGCUUCUAGGGAACGCUCACUACUCGCGACAAACUAUUAGCGGCCAGCUGACGAAUAGUGUGACCUUGAAAAGAACUUGAAGUGUACCAAAACCCUAUGUGUCUAGUCUGUGAGAUCCAUGAUUUAUCAUUGGACAUAUCCUCGUGUGGUACUGCAAGCUCGGCGACUCCCCUUAAUUAAUUGAGUAUAUUUGACAUUCUUGUAUAUUUUUUGUAUUUUUGUACGCUAUAAAAUAAUUUUAUUUGGUUGUACCCAAAGAUAUUUAAUGAGAUGUGAUUUUAAUUAUAUUAGACUUGAGCUUUACGAAAAUGUAUUUGCAAUGUGUUUGAAAGUAUUUGUUGUUGGUGCGGCUGCGUGAUUGUUUUUAUUAGUUACGAAUUACGAAUAUUGUUUAGUGUGGGAGAGUAGAGUAGACGUUGUUUAUGAUAGAACGAUUACAUUUGUACCAUUUACAAGAUGUUCACGAUGCUACAGAAUAAGGUAACUUAACGAUGGUGCUCUGUGUAGUGGAGGGAGCGCCUGCGAUGGGACCGUGUGCUCACUGCCUUACCACGUUAUCAUAUACACUGCCUACUGACUGGACAGUGCCAGUUUUAGACUUUGCGUGCUUUAUUCUAUAUUAUGGAAAUAAGGAAAAAUGUAUUCUAAAGCUAUAUUUACUCUAAAAGUUUACAGUGUUAAUUAAAUAUAUUAUGACAAAUAAAUUAAAUAUAUUAAAGGAAUAUAUAAAUGAAGGCAGCGGCCACACGGUUCAUAUCAAUACUAACACAUCUCAAUUAUCGUAUAGAAUAGUGUAUUAAAGUAAAAGAAAGGCACUUUUUGCGUAAAAGCUUACACACGUUAUUUAUUAAACAUACACGCAAUUAGUGUAAUAUCAGUUACAUACAGCAAUUUAAUAGUCACAACGUACAUACAUAAAUAUAACACACACAUAUAGACACAUCGUCGUACAAUGAGUGCGAUUACGUGACCGAAACGUUUCAUCACAAAUUACUCAUACCUUUUAGUUAAUAAAUAUUUGUUGAAGAAUUUACAUUACCAAAUUAAGACCACAAUUGCGCAUUUAUUUUUCAUAAAUAUGUAAGUUUUAAUGUAGUAUAAGUUGGCACCGAGUCUCGGAGGUUUUUGAACCCGCUGUAUGUGCGCAGUGGAGAGAUGUCUACACCCUGUAUACAACUGUUACCUACAUGAGCGAACGCUCUCAUUUAGCCUAGAUAGUCGGAGUUCCUUUACUACUCAUGAAAUAAUAAUUCAGAUAAAGUUACUAUUAUAGAAUAGGUGAAUUUAAAAGGCAGCUUUAAAUUAGACAGCUCAAAGGAAAUAUUAGAAUAAAAGAUUCCUAUUGGCAUGGUUUGUGAUUAUCGCUAUAUUUUUUCGUAACUGCAAUGCGCAUUUUUUUUUUUGCAUACGUUGACGCAUGUUUUUUCUCGCACGAUUUAUUUUUUUAU